AUGAAACAGUGGCUUAAAAGUAAAACGAUACCAAAACUGUGUUAUAAAUAUUAUUCGACUUCAAAAGUAAUUGAAGUAGAAAAUGUAGUUCGUAAAAGAAUAUUUUCAGGUAUUCAGCCCACUGGCAGUAUACAUUUAGGUAAUUAUUUAGGUGCAAUUGCACAGUGGGUAAAAUUUCAAGAGCAAGGACAAGAUGUAAUCGUUAGUAUAGCAGAUCUGCAUUCGAUGACUGUACCACCACACGACCCCAAAGAGUUGUCAAAGAAUAUUCAGGAAAUAGCAGCUACUUUGUUAGGGUGUGGAAUUGAUCCACGUAAAACAAUAUUAUUUCAACAGUCCACAGUUGCUGUUCAUACACAAUUAUCUUGGUGUUUAGGAUGUAUUUGCACAAUGCCAAGAUUGUCUCAUUUACCUCAAUACAAGGAAAAAUCAAAAGACUUGAAAGAUAUUCCUCUAGGUUUAUUUAUUUAUCCUGUAUUACAGGCUGCAGAUGUGUUAGCUUACAAAGCUACACAUGUACCGGUAGGUGAAGAUCAAGUUCAACAAAUCCAAUUAUGUCAAGAUUUAGCAAGAAUGUUUAAUAAGAGAUUUGGUGAAACAUUUCCAAUUCCUCAGACUGUUAUUACAGGUAGCGAAUUCGCGAGAUUGAGAAGUUUAAGGGAUCCCAACAAGAAAAUGUCCAAAUCUGAUCCGGAUCCGAAGAGCAGGAUUUGCGUGACCGAUAAGCCUGAUGAUAUUGUACGGAAUAUUAAGAAAGCUGUCACUGAUUUCACUUCGGAAGUAACUUAUGAUCCUGAUAAGAGACCUGGUGUGUCUAAUUUAAUAAAUAUACACUCGUUUGUAACUAAUAAAUCUGUAGCUGAUAUUUGUCGAGAGGCUAAAAAUCUGGAUACAGGAAAAUACAAGCUAGUUGUAGCAGAGGCUGUGGUUGAAUAUUUAAAACCUAUACAAAGCAAGAUUUCAAACUACUUGGAAAAUCCUCAAUACUUAGUAGAUGUGUUAGAGGAAGGUAGGGAAAAAGCAGAGGAAAUAGCCCUGAAAAGUUGGAUUGAAGUGGAAGAAAAAUUAGGACUUAAGAUUAAAGUUCCAACAAAGAAACAUAUGAAAUUAAAUGUAUGA